UCCUACAUGUGAAAUGUUUGAUAGCGGUACAGCGGCUGCUCUUUAGUUAGUCAAAAUCGUUUCGGUUUUGCUUCAAAGAACUCGUUGUUUUGUUUAUGUUCACGCGUUCCUAAUCCUGACUGAUUAUUUAGUUCUCACGGGAAGCCAACAAACGUAAUUUCAUGUUUCAAUAAGGAGAGACUACUGGUACUCGUUUUAUUUGGACUAAACGUUUGGUAAGGAAGCUAUAGCAAUCAUGUUGGAGUUACAACAAGACAUCCCUAAGUUGAAAAGUGAACGUGCAGUGUCUAACAACACUAGCCAAGAAGAUGGGGGUAAUGGCGGUAAUAGCUAUGACCUCGUGUUUCCGGCUUUACCGGAUUCCAAGACAGUAGGUUCCAAGAACAUUGGACUCAAUGGACAUGUUGCAUCUUUGAACCCGCCACAAAAAGGAUGGAGUAAUAAAGUUCGGAUUUCAACUGUGAAUCAGGUGUUCACUAUUUCUGUUCAAGACCGCAAAUCAGAUAAUAGUGAAAAAUUUGGCGAAGGAGAAUCAAAACGUAUUUGUAGCCAAAUCACAAGAGAAACUGGUGCCGAAAUUGAGAUUUCAACUUCUAAGAACAUGAAUUUGACCUUUUUGGUGAGAGGUAAAGAAGCUCAUGUCUUAGAAGCCAAACGCAGAAUUAUUGCAAGUUUUCAAACACAAGCUACUAGUGCGGUGCCAGUACCAAAGGAGCAUCAUUGUCAAGUGAUGGGCAAACAGGGAGCUCGCCGUAAGGAGAUUGAACAACGAACUGGUGCACGUAUUCAGAUGCCAAGUAUUCAAGACACAUCUGAUAUUAUAAAUGUUACUGGAACACGAGAUGCUGUUGAAAAAGCAGUUCAGGAAAUUCGAAUGAUUUCAGAUGAGUUGUCGAAGAAAGCAUUUGAAAGAAUUGAAAUUCCAAAGAUUUACCAUCCGUUCAUUACUGGAGGACAUAAUGAAAAUCUCAACAAUUUAAUGAAAGAAACAGGUGUCAAGAUCCAUGUUCCACCACCAUCUGUGGCUAGAGAUGAAAUAACAAUUGCGGGUGACAAGGAAGGAGUACAACUGGCUAUCGAGAAGAUUAAACAAAUUUAUGAAAAAAUGGAAAAAGAAUCUGCAACAGUUUUCGUGGAAAUACCAAAACAAAAACACAAGUAUUUAAUGGCACAAAAAGGAAGUGGAAUUCAAGAUAUAUUAUUGGAAACAAACGUCAGUGUUGAAAUGCCUCAACAAGAUUCUGACAAGGAGACCGUUACCUUGAGAGGCCUUUACAAGGAUUUGGGCACUGGAUUAACUAAGUUGUAUGAAAAAGCCAAUAGUAUGACUUCGGAAGCAAUUGAGUGCCCAGGAUGGAUGCACAGGUUUUUAAUUGGCAAAAAUGGUUCUAACUUAAGGGAAUUGAUUGAAGAUAAUGAAAAAGUCCAUGUUGAGUUUUCUGAUGACAACAAGAUCAUUGUCGAAGGACCUACAAAUAUGAUUUCCAAAGUCAUUGAUUCUUUGAAGAAGGCUAUUGAUUGCUACGUUUCUACAGAACUUGUUGUUAACCCAAAAUUUUUCAAACACAUUAUUGGAAAGAAUGGAAGCAAUAUCAACCGAGUGAAGAACGACACUGGCGUACUUAUAAACAUAUCGGAAUCUGACAACAGUUCGAAUAUUAUUCGUAUCGAAGGGCGCAAGGAUGGAGUAGAAGCAGCUAAAAAAGAAUUACAAGAAAUGAUUUACAAAUUAGAAAAUGAAGUUGAAAAAGAAAUAACCAUCGAUCAACGUCACCAUCGAGCUAUAAUUGGUGUAAAGGGGGAAAAUGUUCGUGAACUGCAAGAACAAUUCAAUGUACAAAUCACGUUUCCCAGUUCAAUUGAAUCUAAAAGUAAUAUAGUAAAAAUACGAGGUUUGAAUGAAGACGUUACAAAGGCAUUUAAAUCGUUGGCAAAACUGGCAAAAGAACUCGAUGACUCUAAUUUCAUAAUGGAAAUUCCCGUCUUUAAACAAUUCCAUAAACUUGUUGUUGGAAAAGGAGGAUCCAAUAUUAAAAAGAUACGUGAGGAAACGGAUACUAGAAUUGAUUUGCCACGUGAAGGUGAAGAUAGCGAUACCAUUAAAGUUAUGGGCAACAAAGAAAAAGUUUUGAUUGCUUGUGAUAUGAUAAAGCAAAUUCAAAACGAAAUGGGAGAUAUCGUAUCAAAAGAAAUCGUGUUGGGAAAUAUGAAAGUUCGUAAUGUUAUUGUUAAUUUGGGUAAUAAAUUUAUUCAAUCUAUUAAAGAAGACUGUGGUGGUAAUGUUACACUAAAAUUACCAGCAGUUAAAGGCGACAAUACAAUAGUUAUUAAAGGACCUGAAGAUGAUGUCGAAAAUGCCAUUUCCCAAAUUCAAACAAUGGUAGAUGAGGUCCACAAUUAUGUCAUUGAUAUAAAAGUUAAACCAGAAUUUCAUAAAUACUUAAUUGGCAAAAAACGAUCCAAUGUUAAACGGAUUCGAGAAACUACUCACACUAGAGUUAUUUUCCCUCCCGAAACUGAUUCUACUAAUGAAAAUAUUACUAUGGUUGGCAAGAAAGAAAAUGUGGAAAAGGCCAAACUGGAAUUGGAAGCCAUGAUUGUUGAUAUUAGUAAUGUUGUUGAAGACCGUGUUGAAAUAAAUGAAAAAUACCAUAAGAGUUUUGUGGCCAAGCGAGGCGAGUUUUUGCAUAAACUUGAAGAAGAAUGCGGUGGUGUGAAAAUUUCAUUCCCUAAACCUGGCGCCGGCGAUAAAGUCAUACUUAAAGGAAGCAAAGCUAAUGUUGCUCUUGCAAAACAAAAGUUAUUGGAUCAAGCCAAAGUUUUGGAAAAUACUGUUCAAGUUGAAGUUAAUGUUGAUCCAAAGUAUCAUCGUCACUUUGUUGCAAGACGCGGUGAAAUCAUUAAUCGCAUCAUCGACGAUUGUAAUGGAGUAUCCAUAACAUUCCCUAAAGUGGCAACAAACGAUAGCAUUGUCAUUAUUAAAGGAGAUAAAAGUAACACCGAAGAGGCAAAACGAAAAAUAGAAGAAAUUGUUAAAGAUUUGGAAAAUAUUAUUGAAAUUACAAUGGAGGUUCCUCCAAAACAUCAUCGACACUUUGUUGCUCGCCGUGCUGAAGUAAUCAAUCAGAUAAGUACUGAAUAUAACGGUGUCACUGUAACUUUCCCUCAAGUUAACUCAAACUCCAGCGAAGUACUGAUUAGAGGACACAAAGAUUACGUGGAAAAAGUGAAAAAGAAGAUAAACGAUAUUGUUGUUGAUUUGGAACAACGUGUUACGCUUGAAGUUAUCAUACCACAAAGAAUACACAGAAUAUUAAUGAGGAAUCGAGAUUUAUUAGAAGGUUUAAGAAGAGACUUAGAUGUCUGGAUCAAGUUCCCCGAUAGACCAUCAGAAGACCAAUAUAACCGUGAACAGGAAGAUAUAAAUGGGGAAGAAGACGAGAAUCGAGCACCGAGCAUUAAUGACGUAGUUACGAUUUUUGGAAAACCUGAUAACUGUGAAAAAGCUAAAAAGACUUUAAUUGACAACAUACCUAAAUCAAUUGAUUUGAACGUACCAGCCGAGUAUCAUAGAACACUGAUUGGUACUAAGGGAGCUACAAUCAAAAAACUUAGUGAAGACUACAAUGUUCAAAUUAAAGUUCCAAAUCAGGAGCAGAAUGCUGAUAUUAUUAAGAUUACCGGGGUACAAAAAGACAUUGACGAGGUUGUGGCCGCUAUUCAAGAAGAAAUGAGAUUAUACGAUGCUGAUAAAGAAGAUAGGCAACUACGUUCAUAUGAAAUUCAGAUGGUUAUCGAACCUGAGUUCCAUCCAAUGAUUAUAGGUAAGAAAGGAGAAACAGUUCGUAAUUUACGUAACAAGUAUGGCGUUCAAGUAAAUCUCCCGAGGCGGGGUGAAGGUAACAACGAAAAUAUUGUAACAGUCGUCGGUUAUAAGGAGAGUGCUGAACAAGCAAGAGACGAAAUUCAAGAAAUGGUCGAUAAACUUAAAAACGUUUACAAAGAAGAUGUUUACAUUGACAGUAGAGUGCAUUCGAGAUUAAUAGGUUUCCGCGGACGUAAUAUUUCACAAUUGAUGGACCAAUUCCAUGUCGAUAUCAGAUUUGCAAAAUCAGACAGUAGCAACCCAGAUUUAGUCACUGUUUAUGCACGUGAUGACGCAACACAAGACGAUGUCCUGGACUGUGUUGAUCAUUUGGAAAUGAUAACACAAGAUUACUUGGCCGACUUCUUAGAAAACGAAGCACGUGCAAAUUUGAAGCCUAAGGCUGAUAAAUCUGUCCCUAAUGGUACGUCUAACCAUAAAUCCCAAGGUGGCGGCCCCGGAUUCGUCAUGGGUAAUGGAGCACCGUGGGAAAAAGCUCACCCCGACACAAAUAGUACUAGAGACUUUCCGUCGUUUGCUGGGAUCGCCAACAAUGCUGGGUCUGAUAAAUCUUCAGCGCCUAGUUGGGGAAAUGGGCGUCGCUAGUUAUAUUUUCAAUUCAUUUAUAUAAUUAUUGUUUCCAAUUAUAAAUUUUUUUGAUAUUUUAUAAAACAAUACAUUUUUAUAGUGUCUGGAUGCCACUAAGUUGCAACUAUUAUUCUUCUUCUUCAUUAAAAAAAAAAAAAAUUACAACUAUAUAUAUAUAUAUAUUUUAAGAAUAGAUUAAUGUUUUUAAAAAAUGUUAUAUUAAAUAAUAAAUACUAAAUAGUUAUCAUUAAUUAAUAUGUAUUUAUAUACAUAUAUGUGUAUAUAUUUAUUUAUAUGUAUACAACUAUAAUAGUCUAAGUAUAAAUAAAUAUAUACAUACAUAUAUAUAUUUAUAUAUUUAAGAGAUUUUGAAACAUUAGAUGGAAAACAUCUAUAUUUUCCGGGCUGUGAAGAAAAAUAUGCUGUAAAAAAAAAAAAUUAUAGAUUGUAACCAUUUUGGGGGUCUCAUUUUUUCUUGUGUCCGCUAUGUUCUUUUUUUAACAAAUUAUUAUUAAACAUAAAAAGUGGAAAUAUUUUAGUAAUAUAAUAUAUGGUGUAUCAUAUAUUAAUGAUUUAUUAUUAAGCCUAAAAAAAAAAAAAUGUUAACAUAUUUGUUAUAUGCUUUGUUUGUAGUGUUAAAAUUAUUUGUUUAAAAACAAAAAAAUUAAAUAUUUUUUUUUGUUUAACAAAAAGUUUCCGUAUUUAUAAAAGUGAUUACUAAAUAUUUUUUUUUUUGCUAAAAUUUGAAUAAUUUUUUAUGUUUUUCUCUUUUUAUAUACAUAUUUGCGCAAUAAAUGUAUAAAAAAAAUGGAAAAGAGGCCUGAAAAUAAAGAGUUUUGUAAAGUUAAUAUUACUUGGUUCAAAAAUAUUUGUUAAUUGUCUGUUUUAUCUUUUUUUUUUUAUCUUAUUCUUUUUGUUUUCUAUUCAUUUUUUUUAUUAAUAUUUUAUACAAUUUUAAUAAUUCAAUUUUUUUUUAAUUUUUAUAAAUAUUUAUAUAUUUUUCUCUUGGUAAUCUCAGGCCUCUGCAGACAAUGGCAUGUAAAAAUCGACUUAUUUGUUAAUAAUUUCGAAACGAUGGCCCUCCAGGUAAUUUUAUGAAUGAACACUUUUUUUAAUCUACGGUCUAUGAUAUUUUGUAUUUGUUCUUCUUUUAAAUAGAGAUUUAGUAUUUAAUAUAGUAAAUUCAGGGAACUCGCAACAAUAAUAACAUUACUAAUAUCGUUAUUAUUUUUUUUUUUAAUCAAGUAAUUACUUAAUAAAAGCGUACAGUUACCAGUUUCCCACUCUUAGACUGCUCAGAAAAAUUUAAUUUUGAAUAAUUUUUGUUAGUUAAAAUUGUUCAAUUUGUAUUUUGUAUAAAAAUACUUAAAUGUUAAAAAAAAAAAAAUGUACUAAAACAUGAAAAAAAAAUUGUUGAAACUGAUAUAAAUCGAGUUAUCUUGAUUUUAAGUAUUUUAUUUAGGUUUUUUUUUUAACCUGAUUUAAAACCAUUAACGUAUUAUCACUUACCUCGGAUUUGUCAUUUGUUGUAUGUUACAUUAAAUUAUUUUUGACCAUAUUUAGAUCUAUUUUAUAUGUAAUGUAUGAGUUAUUUAGAAAAGGAUUAUAGGUCGACGUAAUUAUUAAUUUCACCAUCCAAAUGUUCUGUAUACAUAUUGGUUUUCUACCUUUUUCUUUGUGUGCAAACUCGGUAUAUAAUGUACUUUGGAAACUGUAUAAAAUAAUAAUAAAAAAUAAUGUUCAGGGUUGAAUAUUAAUAAAUUUGCUAUUUAUAGUUAUUAUUAAUA